ACACAGGUAACACAGGGAGUCAGCUGGGAGUUAUGAGGUGUGGCCCCACCAUUACGUCUUCCUAAAGGGGCAUACUCAAAAACUCUCUGUAUGUGAAUUGUAAAGAAGCUGUAAUUGUUGGGGUCCAUGAGUAUGUGGAAACCAGUGAACACUUCCUGGUGUUGUUUUCUUUCCACCUGCUGAUCCUCUCCCUCGACCACUCUCGACAAGACUUCAUUUAUGAGGGCAUCCUUCCCCUUUCUGGACUUUCCUUACAAGCCGUCUCCCUGGACCCUGACACGUCACAUUCACCACACAUGUUUGAGAUCAGCAGUCCAAUGAUGGACUCUAAGGUCUUCAUAUGCGCCAACGUUGCAGAGCUACAGAAAUGGAUGCACCACAUAGAAGACAGGAGAUACAAGUCGAUGGCACAACCCAUGAGCCCCUCCCACUGCGCCCUCUCCUAUCUUUUACCCUGCGAUGAGAACUGGAAAAGGGAAGAACUAAAAAACUACCUACUACAAGCUCCCAUAUGGCAGUGGGAGGGCUCACCGAUACAGCAUAUGGGUCAGCCUGGAUACAUAUCUGUCGUCCAUAUCAUCAACACACAUAGACAGGGACUCCAAGAAAGACUGAUGGUUCUCUUCCCUCAAGACCUCCUGCUGCUGUCAGUUGACAACAAGCGUCUGAAUGUAACAUAUGAGGGCAGGUUGCCCCGACACAGCAUCAGAGCAGUGGAGAGGUCAGCCCUGCCCGGACGGCUGGAGUUUGAACUGAUAGGUGAGCUGGUGGAGCCCCUGCAGGUCUCUUGUUCCUGUCUGGAGGAUUAUCGGAACUGGAUGUUUCAGUUACAACAGCCAGACAGAAACAGCCACGUCACUGUGAGCCGUGCUGCACCUCCAAUUGUGCCAAAGCUUAAGAGGAGCAGGAAGGAGUCCCAGGAACCGAUGAUAACAGCUGACCAGUGUCGCAUCAACGGGCGCAGCUGACUCAUCUGAAUGUAGAAAAGCUUGACUGUUAUUAUAAAUCUGAGAGAAUGUGUAGAUAGCAUGUACAUAUUACUUUAAUGUCCAAUUGUGCCACAGAAUGGAGAUAACAGCAGUAAAAUGUUCUCACCUUGUUUUGAUAUAAUUGGGUGAUUUUUUUCACUCCGAGGGACUGAAAAGAUGCUCAUAGCUCCCUUUCAUGUGAGGAAAAACAGAAACAAGGUUGUGACCCAGUUUGAGGCCAGACCAGAGCUGAGGAAAUGUUAGAUGUAGAGACUGUAGAGCUGCUAAGGUUACUGAAGAAACUGUACAUAUUUAGCUUUGAUGCCUUUACCGUGAAAUACACAAUGUUUGACUUUUCCACAAUAAACUAUUUGAA